CCGCGCGCAUGGCCUCCCCGGGGGACGAGGCGCUGGACGGCUACAUGUACCCCGCGUGCGCCGCCUACCCGUACCCCUACCUCUACCCCCCGGCCGCCAGGGGCAAGGGCCUGGCGAGCGGGGGCGGCUGGCGGCCGCGCGCCGGGGACCACCCUCCCGCCUCCCCCGCCUUGGCCGGGGCGGCCCCGCCGUCCUUCCCGGGCUACGGGCAGCUGAUGGCCGCCGAGUACUUCGACAGCUUCCAGCGGGCGCAGCUCAUGGCCCUGCUGUCGCAGGUGGGCCCCGGCCUGGCCCCGCGGCCCCGCCGGGCGUGCAGCCGGGACGCGGCGGUGCAGGUGAACCCGCGCCGCGACGCGUCGGUGCAGUGCUCGCUCGGGCGGCGCACGCUGCCCCGCCGGCCCCGCGACGCGGACGCCCCGGCCCCCGGCCCCGAGGACGCGGCGGGCGGCCCCGCCUCCCCGCAGCCGGCGCGCCCGGGCCCCGAGCCGGGCAGCCCCCCGAGCGGCGGCCCGCGCCUCCCGCGCUUCCCGCGCUCCGUCGCCGUGUACUCGCCCGUGGUCUCGCGCCGGGUCACCACCUUCCUGGAAGGCGCCGAGGCCGCGGCGCCGGGUGGAGAGCGAGGGCCGCCCCCUCCGAGGCCCCGCGGCCCCGAGCGGGGAGAGCGGGCGGCGAGGACGGCGCCGGAGCGGCCGCAGGCCCAGGGGGAGGAGGAGGCGGCGGAGGUGCGCGCGAGCUGGGAGCCGUCGGAGGACGCGCCGGGGCUGCCGUCGCGGGAGGCCCGGGGAGGCGAGGCCGCCCCGCGGAGCGCGUCCGGGAGCCCGGAGCAGCCGCCGCCGGUGGGGGGCGCCCAGGAAGGCGAGGGCGAGAGGUCGUCGCCGCGGAGCCCGGAGCCGGGCAAGGAGCGCCUGCGCUUCCAGUUCUUGGAGCAGAAAUACGGCUAUUACCACUGCAAGGACUGCAACAUCCGCUGGGAGAGUGCCUAUGUGUGGUGUGUGCAGGGCACCAACAAGGUUUACUUUAAGCAGUUCUGCAGGACUUGUCAGAAGUCGUACAACCCUUACCGAGUGGAGGCCAUCACCUGUCAAAGUUGUAAACAGACUAGAUGCUCCUGCUCAAUAAAACUUCGCCACAUUGACCCUAAACGGCCCCACCGACAAGAUUUGUGUGGGAGAUGCAAAGGCAAACGCCUAUCCUGUGACAGCACGUUCAGCUUCAAAUAUAUCAUUUAAAUGAAUGUAAAAGACCAGUCCUACCGACCGUGUGCUAGUGGAGCAGACAAGUGGGCUGUGUGUGCCCCUUCUCCCUUUUGCCUCCUUGUGCAAGGCUGUGUUUCUUGACAAAACCUUUAAAUAAAAGAAUUGCAAAACAA